AUGACGGUUCUUUCGGUUCCAAUGUCUAAACACACGGUGUUUUUGAAAUCGAUCACCGUGAGAUUCUUCAAAUUAUUGCACAGUUUGGCCGACGCAGUGGGUAUCAAAGAGGAUAAAGACGAUGGGACGGACGAGGUCGUAGCCAAAAAAACGUCAGAAAACGGCAGUGAACCGGAUAUUAAAGUACAAAGCUCGCUUUUCCCGAGCCGGAACAAUGUGGAUACGUCCCUCGAUUUCAAGGCGACCGUUGUGCCUUGCGCACUUGAUUUGUCUGGACUGCAGGGACCCAUGUCUAUGAGGGGAACACUUUCCGACGCAAUGGAAUGGGGUGGUAAUGGCGGCGGGUGCGUGGCAUCGCCACCGAUUUCACCGAGAAGUAAUAGCUCGAAGGGCGAAAUUAAAGAAGUUGGUGCGGGCGCGGAAGCCAUGGGCGAAGAAGGUCAGAAGUUCGUGUGUCAUUACUGCGAUGCGGAAUUUCGGAUUCGGGGUUAUCUGACGCGGCAUAUCAAGAAACACGCCGUGGAGAAGGCCUACCAUUGUCCAUUUUUCACCAAGGAUGGCUCCUCGGAGAGCAGGUGCCAUAGCACAGGCGGGUUUUCGAGGCGGGACACUUACAAGACGCAUCUGCGCUCGCGGCAUUUUGUCUACCCAAAGGGUGUCAAGACGAGCGACAGAGCCAAAUCGCACGGGUCCUGUGCUCAUUGUGGCGAGGCGUUCGAAAAUACGGAUGUGUGGAUUCAAAAUCAUAUCGAAAAGGGCAUGUGCAGUGGAUUACCCAGUGGAUAUAUUGCACAGACUAAAAACUCGAAAAAAUCCGGUAAACUCAAGAUGAUAAGGACUUCGAACGGCCAUUCGCGCUUCAUAUCGUCACAACAGAGCGUUAUCGAGCCCAACGUGCUCUUAAACAGUGAAGCGAUAGAGGCGACCGCGAUCGUUGUCAACGAGGCCAACCAGCUCGUCGGAUUCAAGCGCGCCCCUGCUAUCACUAAGAUGAGUGACAACAGACUAAUGCUGAACUCGGACAACUUUAAAGGCGCGCCUAAGUCCAAAAAACGUUCCAAACUCGUGCGUAAAGGCGACAGGAUAAUGAGAACGGCCGAUUUCACACCUUCCUCUAUGGUUUCCCCGGAAGAAACUAUCGCCAGGACCACCUCUUCUGAAGAAUGUAUCACCCCUUACAACGAAACGCCUUUAGACGAAAUUUACAUUUCUAUGAACCCGACACCGGUCGAAGACGCUGCCUUGGAACCCGUUAAAUCCGAUUCUUCGGCAUCGUCACGAAUCUCGUCGCACGACGCUUUUGUCAAGAGACAAAUACAGCCCACGCCCGCAAUGUCCUAUCCCGUGGCCGAUGUGGAUGCCGCUGCAUUGAGCGAGCCCUUCUUGCUUCCACUAGACUUGGAUCAGUCUCCCACCAACCUUCACGUCUUCGAACAAGACAAAAUUUCAAUGCGGCCUGUUUCUUCCAAGAUAGAAGAGACUUUGGACAGACAAAUGGACCCAAUCUCUGUGAGCGAAAGGCAUUUUCGUGAAACCCAAGGAUAUUUGAAUUUUUACAAUUUUACCUUCGACACUAAGCUAUGA